UUUCCUUAGUUGCCCAAAACUCUAUUCAAAGUUUUGUGCUAUCUCUCCGAAGUUUUCAUUCACAUUCUUCAUUUGAGAGCAAAGAGAUUAAUGGCUGCUAUCACCUUAGAUCCAAGUUUCAACCCAAAAACCAACCCUCAUGAGCAUGACCAACAACAUGGGAAUGUGAUUGAGGAAAUUGAAGGGCUUAUUAAAGUGUACAAAGAUGGACAUGUGGAGAGACCCCAUAUUGUUCCAUGUGUCGCAACCGCAGUGCCUCCCGAGCUAGGCGUGACAUCCAGGGACGUGGUCAUUGACAAGUUCACAAACAUUUGGUCACGUUUCUAUGUUCCCAAAUGCCAUGGAAAUGACAACAAGCUCCCUUUUCUAGUCUAUUUCCAUGGAGGUGGGUUUUGUGUUGGCUCAGCCGCAUGGAGUUGUUACCAUGAAUUCUUAGCAAAGCUAGCAGCCAAAGCCGGUUGCUUAAUCAUGUCUGUGAAUUAUCGACUGGUCCCUGAGCACCCUCUCCCAGCAGCGUAUGAAGAUGGGUUGAAGGCCCUUUUGUGGCUAAAGCAACAAGCUCUAAGUCAACGCGGGGCUAAUAAUAAAUGGUGGUCAAGGCAGUGUGACUUUUCUAGAAUUUUCCUAGUGGGGGACAGUGCGGGUGCCAAUAUAGCCCAUAAUGUGGCCACAAGACUUUGCAAUAUUAUUUCUGACGGUCCUUGUGAUGAACAAAUUAUUAUUUCAAGCUUAAUUAAGCCUUUAACUAUCAAGGGUACAAUUUUGCUGCAACCAUUUUUUGGGGGAGAGGCAAGAACAAGUUCUGAGAAGUACAAUAUGGUGAAGCAACCUAGGUCUGCUUUGAGCUUGGCAGCUUCUGAUACUUACUGGCGAUUGGCGCUGCCAUGUGGCGCUAAUCGCGACCAUCCAUGGUGCAACCCUUUGAAGAGGGCUAGCUCUCUAAGGGCUGUUUGGGCUACCAUGGUUUGCAUUUCAGAGAUGGAUAUAUUGAAAGAUAGAAACUUAGAGUUUUGUUGUGCAUUGGAUCAUAACAGCAACAGAGCUGGUAAGAUGAAGGUGGAGUGUGUGGUGUACAAAGGUGUUGGGCAUGCAUUUCAGGUUCUAGAUAAGUCUCAGCUCUCGAAAACUCGAUCCCAAGAAAUGAUAACUCAUAUUAAGGCCUUUGUUAAUUAUAAUUAGUAGCAUAUAUGUAUAUAACUCUCUCUCUCCUAGCCGUGGAAGGAAAUCGAAGGGCAAUUAAUAAUUUGUGUAAAAGCUUUUUACAUUUUUUUUUCUUCUUCUUAUCAGAAUGAAUUGUGUUAAACGUUGGGAAAAGACAGAGAAACCAGAUCAUUACUAGCUA